CUAACAUUAUUUUUUUACUAUCACUUCAAUAGGUCCCUAAGAAAUAUGGAGUCAAACCAGGAAAAUUCCGUGAUCGGUCCUCCACCAUCUUGGAAGAGACAAAAGACAUCUGAUAAAGAUGGUGACCAGUGUGACGAUGCAUUGCAUCAAAUAGUCAUUUAUAAGAAUGACAAAAGUGAUAGGGGACAAGAUGUGCAGAGUGGAAACCAUUGGUCACUUGAACCAUCGAAGCCAUCAAAUAUAUCAAAGCGUGCAUCAGUGAAGAUUGGAGCCUUUGCUGCUCAAUGUGCUAAAUGCCAGAAAUGGAGACUUAUCUCAACAAAAGAGAAGUAUGAAGAAAUUCGAGAGCGAAUUCGAGAAGAUCCUUUUGUCUGUGAAAAAGCCCGUGAGUGGAAGCCUGAUGUGACAUGCAAUGAUCCAUCAGAUGUAUCUCAGGAUGGCAGCAUGCUUUGGGCAAUUGAUAAACCUGACAUUGCACAGGCUCCUCAAGGAUGGGAAAGGUUAAUUAAGAUAAGAGGCGAAGGAAGCACAAGAUUUGCUGAUGUGUACUAUAGGUCCCCUACUGGAGUUCAACUGAGAUCAACGAAUGAUGUUGAGAAGUACCUCGCACAGCACCCAGAAUACGUCGCACAAGGUGUGGGGUUAUCUCAUUUUUCAUUCAAGAUACCUGCACCAUUACAAAAGGACUAUGUUAGAAAGCGUUCCCAGACAAGCCAAAGUGGUCUCACGCGUACAGGAUCAAGUAAACUUCUCCAACUGGAAGAAGUGCAACCCAUCUCUUGGGCAGCUCCACUGGAGAACAACCACCAGCUGGUGAUCUACAACGAAGAUCAGCACGAAGUGGUACCAUCUGAACUGCCGGAGCCGGCGAAGCCUUGGAGCCUGCCGCCUGCGCCUGCCGCCUAGCCCAACAACCCUGCAUCCGGCAUGCGCAGUGUCUGACUUUUGGACGGUGUUCGAGUUCAGUGAUGCGAAACUAUAUAUAGAUGGUGCUUUUACUAGUAGGAGUGUAGGACUGAAAAACUAAAAACUUACUAGGUCCCCGUAGGCCGUAGCACAGCUAAGGUAGCGCCGUGUUCAUGCUGUUGUUACUGGUUGGUUGUUUCAGCCACCAGGAUCAGACGGCUGCUCUGGUGAUCGGUGCUAGUAGUCUCGGUCUGAUGAUGAUGAACAUGUGGAAAGGAUGGAUUUUGGGACGGCAAGAACGUGUCUUCUAGCUUAGUGAGAAGGA